AUGGAGACAAAAAGGGUUGAAAAUUCUAUGCUUUACUUGGUCAAGGCUAAGUAUUCACCAUACUUGCGGAAAGUUCUUACGGACAAUACGGAUAGUAAGCAAUCAUGGGAUAAUUUAGAAUUGGGUCCUGGUGCUUUAACAUCAUCCGAAUGUUUCAAAGAUCAACCAUUUAUCCGAAUAGUUUACUCUUUGAAGGACAAAUUUAUGGCUAGCCUACGAAAAUUAUUACGAACAUUACGGAACAAAAACAGGCAAAAUGUAUGCCGGGACCUGUUAGCACCAGAUAUUUCAUUAGCAUUGUUCACCAUUCAACAUGCAGAUUAG